AUGGACACUAACCCUAUCGUCAAAUUCGAGAUACAGGAUGAAGAAAAAUCUACGCGCUUUAGGACGCCGGUAACAGACGAAGAGCUAAACAAACUCGUGCCCGACCAGGAGAAUGCGAACACAAAAAGCAAUACGAAAUGGGCAAUGAAUGAAUUCGAGGAAUGGCGAGAGAACAGGGAUGAAAACAUUCCUGAACUUCACGUUAUGGACUCCAAAGAAAUGGGUUACUGGCUUGAAAGGUUCGUGGUAGAAAUGAGAAAAAAGGACGGGACGGAGUACCCACCGAAAUCAAUUUAUCUGAUAUUAUGUGGACUGUUAAGGCACCUACGAGACAAAGGAAUAUAUGACAAAAAUUUUUUGAAUGAGAAAAAUACAGAAUUCGCUGGAUUUCGGAAGAUUGCUGAUGCACAAAUGAGAAAUCUCAUUGAUAAAGGACUUGGCUGUGACAUAAAAUGUGCAGACCCGAUACUUCCGGAACAGGAAGAGAAACUGUGGGAGAAGGGAGUCUUUGGACAAGAGAACAGAGAACAAUUGCAGUUGACAAUGUUUUUUGGGGGGCUCAGAGGAUGUGACGAGCACUAUAGUUUGACAGCUGAACAAUUUUUCACCGGCGCUGACGAGUAUGGAAAAUAUAUUAAGUUCGUGGGACGAUCUUCCAAGACUUAUAAAGGAGGAUUAGGCCAGUCGAAUGUUCAGAACAAAAACAUCAAACACUACUCUGAUCCAGGAGAAAGAUGCAUAAUCGAUUUCUUCGAUGCGUAUCUAAAGGCAAUUGGAGGGGGACCGUUCUAUCGGCGCCCACUGCCACCACUGGGAGAUGUAAAAAUUCGUUAUUCUCACCAAAACGUCGGCAUAAACAAACUUAAAAAUUUCAUGAAGGUGAUAGCAGAAAAAGGUGACUUGUCUGGAAAUUUCACAAAUCAUAGCGGAAAACGCACAUGUGCAACUCAAAUGUACAUCGCGGGAGUCCCUGAGCAAGAAAUUAUGAAAAGGCCGGACAUCGAUCCGAUGCAGUGCGAAAGUACAAAGAUUGCAGCUCGGGAAUGCUAA